GUAUAACACGCGACUCUGGGUCGGUGCUGUCACUUUGCUGUGUUCAGGUCGCAUUUGCUGGUCGCGUUUUCCUGCUCUGUUGUAUUCUCUUGUGCAUUGAUCUUAGGUCAGACGCAGUGGUGUACAGCAAACGCAGCACUCCGUUCAAAAUGUCUUCUUCAAUUUCUCUGGAGAAAAUGAUCCAAAUUAGGGAACAUCUCCUCCUCAUUGUGCACGCAAAGACGUGCCAGCUUCGUGAGACUGCUGGCAACCGGCCCAUCUGCGGGAUACCGAACUGCAAGAUGAUGAAAGACGUCCUUACCCAUCUGCGUGUCUGCCAGGCUGGUCUAGCUUGUGAAGUCGCACACUGCUCAUCAUCGCGCCCGCUGCUCAAACACUGGCUAAACUGUGGAUAUCCGGACUGCAAUGUCUGUAUUGCAAUGCGGCCACUCUAUCGACUAUAUCAUCCGAAGGCCAGGAACUCAACACAGGGCGGCACGAUGAAUGGAGCUAACCCAGCGACAGCUGCUGCUCUCUCCAUGAUCAAAGUGGAACCGAGCACGGAAAUGCUGCCGCCGCCAGGGAAUGUUGUUGGUGCUGGUUCUGGUGCUGCUUCUGCUGGUGCAACGCCUAGCACUAAUCUCGGUCUGCAGGAUUUUUCAGACAUGUACACAAGUUUGCCGGACUGUGGCAUGCUUCCUCCUGGUGGUAACCACAUCGGUUCAGCUCCUCGUGGUUCGGGUAUAAAUUGUGGUAAUCCUGGCCUGCUACCCAAUGCUGCGCUGCCUGUGGGUCAAGUUGGUGCUGGCAAUAUGCAACAGCCAAUUUCUCACCCCAUGGCUAACCAAGGCAGCACGCAUCAAAUGGACAGUUUUUGGCAAGUUUCUCCACCUGUGGCGAAUCAACCUUGGCAUCAGUAUUCUUCCGUUGCUCGUCGCCAGGAUACCAUUCGCAUAGUGUCCCAAAUGUUCGCCAUGCCUAACUUAGAUCAUGCGAGCUACCCCAUUGGCCAGAUUUUCAAGGACAUGGAAUGCACAUACUUCUCUUAUGCUACCAGUGAGGAGGAGUAUAUGAUGAUGUUUCCAGCCAUGUUUGAUGCUUACCUAUUGGUGGAGUGUAUGAAACUCCACCACCACCAGCAGCAGCAGCAGCAACAACGAGAACAACAACAGCAGCAGCAGCAAGACCGAGAAGAACGGUAGCAGGAAAAAGCAGAUGGAGCUAACCCCAAAAUGGACAUUGCAGCAGCAGCGGCAGCAACAAAUGAUGGCGCAGCAUAUUGCUGCAGUGCAGCAGCAGCAACAACAAUAUCACUGCCAGCUUGUUCACCAGCAGCUUCAGCUCAAUAGUUCAUUCAGAGAAACAAUGUUUUUGUUAAUAGCCCAAUAUGUUUAUCGCUACCUUGUCCUUUUCUUGGUGUCAGGAUUUUUUGUUAUGGGUGUGCGUGUGAGUGUGUGAGUGAGAGAGGACGUGUGUGUGUGCUUGCAUGUGUGUGUGCGCACGUGUAUGUGUAUGGGAGAGAGAGAUUUAGAGAAUGAUUGUGUGUGUGUGGGUGCGCGCGUGAGUGUUGGUGUGCCUGUAUGUGUAUGUGAGAGAAGGAGAGAGUGUGGGUGCGUGAGAGUGUGUGUGCAAGAGUGAGAGAAUAUUAUGUGUGUAAUGGUAUGAGUAUGUGUGGAUUUGGCACUUCCGUCCCCGGCUCUAAUCAAUUAAAUUCAUACCAGAACUGCUGCUGCAUAGCUCAAGUCUGAAGACUUAGCAACUUACUUCUCGCCUGCAGCUGACUCGGGCACUAUUAUUCCCCUCAGCAUUAUUUUCUCACCUCGCCCCCCCCCCCUUAUGUUCAGGCUCUUUGUUUUGGAGCCAUCAUUUGCCUGACGAUCCUAAUUUUAACAUGAAACUCUGAGUUGCCACACAGCUUCAAAUCUCUCUCUUAGCUCUUGUGUACAAGGCUCUGCCCUCUAUGAGUAAUGAGCACUCUUCGGACAGUGGAGCACGCCACUUGAUUAUU